AUGCCAACCACGUCUGUUGCGCUCGUUGCUCUAGCCUUCCUAGGACAAUCAUUGGUACCUACAGUCAAAGCUAGCAAUGUUCCUGCCCAGGCGCAGGUGAUCGACCAAAGAGCUUUCAACGUCUUGGAUACGACUCAACCGCCAACCGAAUUCAAUGCAAAGAGUAUUUUCGUUCCUCCAGGGCAUACCGAAGAUAGCCUUACUCAACGCCCAUUCCAUGUGUACGACAAGGAGUUCUUGAACAUUAUCGGCAAAGCUCCAACUCUCACCCGGAUUGCGCACUCGCCUAAGGACCCCUUAUUUCACGAGGCGGUCGUUUGGUCAAAGGAAACAGAUGAAGUCUUCUUCGUUCAGAAUGCAGGUGCCAAAAACGCUAGCACCGGCCUGAACAAGUCGGCUAUCAUAGAAAAGAUCUCUCUGGCAGACGCAGCUGCUGUUUCCAGCAAGAGUGAUGCUGUGGGUCUGGUAAAGAUCUCUACGGUCCCUUCAUCGCCGAUGGUGAUCAAUCCAAACGGGGCAACCAACUAUCGGGGUGAAAUUAUUUUUACUGGUGAAGGCCAGGGCAAUAAAACUCCCCCUGCGCUCUGGCUUAUGAACCCACAAAAGCCAUACAAUACGACUGUUCUCCUGAACAAUUACUUCGGUCGCCAAUUCAACUCUUUGAACGAUGUAGCCAUUCACCCAAAGAACAAAGACAUAUAUUUCACAGACACGAUCUACGGAUACGUGCAAGACUUCCGUCCUGCUCCAGGUCUGCAGGAUCAAGUCUACAGAUUCAACCCCGAUACCGGAGCCGUCACGAUCGCGGCGGAUGGGUUUGAUCACCCCAAUGGGUUGACUUUCUCGCCUGGUGGUGAAUAUGCAUAUGUCACCGAUACCGGUAUUGAUAGUGGCUUUUUCGGUCUGGAUUUUACUCGUCCCGCUUCCAUCUAUCGCUUCGACGUGAAAGAAGAUGGCACGUUCGAGAAUCGCAAGACAUUCGCAUUUGUGAACUCCGGCGCCCCUGAUGGCGUCCAUUGUGACUCCUGGGGCAAUGUAUACGCCGGGUGUGGUGACGGUGUUCAGGUCUGGAACCCCUCAGGCAAGCUCAUUGGCAAGAUCUACCUCGGUUCUACAUCGGCGAACUUCAACUUCGCUGGGGUUGGUCGAAUGGUGAUUUGUGCUGAGACAGAUCUUUACUAUGCCACUUUGGCUGCCGCGGGGAAUUACGUCGAUAGUUGCGUCACUUGCAAGGCCAAGCGGUUGAAGUGCGACGAAACCAAGCCAGCUUGUCAACAGUGCGAGCGACGCAAAGUCCAAUGUGGAGGAUACAAGAAAGACUUCAAAUGGCGGCCCUUCGAAGAGACCAACUUAGCCCCUGGACGCCCUACCAAGACCAAAAAGGCCAACCAGCAACAGAUCAAUUUCGAUAGCUUUCCUACUCCCCCGACGACUGAACAAUCGACAUCUCCAAUUCGUAUACAAUCACACAUCCAUCGAUCUCACUCCCCACCCGGAUCGCUGCAUAGUUCCCCUAUGAGCAUCAACAGUCUUCCGUCGGAAGCACAUUCCCUCGACGAUCUACCCGAUAAGCAAGAAGAUGCUUCCGUAACACAGCGCAGUGCACCUCUCGACAUUAAUGUCUCAUUGUCGGCCGACUCUCCUACUUUCAACUUCCUCUCCUUGCUGGAACCAUAUCAGGAUUCACUAUCGCUUGCAGACUCCUUGGCAUCUAAUGAUCUCGAGUCCGGUCGACGUAUGUCGUUUGGUCUGGAGGAACUUGUCCACGAUGCACCGGGUCUCAGUUUCUCCAGGUUAUUGGAAGAAGAAAAUGAUGACAUUGAAGAUAUUAUCCGACAGUCGGAUCCAGGGCUUGGACCAUGGAACUUCCAGAUAGCAGAGCCAAAGUCCUUUGAUUUCAACGAUAUAAGCAUUCCAAGCAGCCCGUCACUGCCACCAGAGAGCCCCGAAAUGCUGGUGAUGCGCUUUGACAAGCUCACCUGUGGCAUCCUGUCAAUCAAAGAUGGAGCUACUGAGAACCCAUGGAGAACAUUGAUCUGGCCGCUGGCAAAAAAUACACCGGCACUUUACCAUGCAAUUUUUGCCCUGGCAGCAUUUCAUUCGGGCAGGGACAAUCCCCAUCUCCGUGUGCAAGGAGUGAAGCACAUGCGCCAGAGCAUCAACUCCCUUGUAGGGCAGAUUCAGAACAUGAGAGCAGAUACUGCACUGGCCACCAGUCUUGCUUUAGCAUUUGCGGACACUUGGGACCAACACACCCGUACCUGCAUACAACACCUACGCGGAGCGAAAGCGUUGAUGUCCCAGGUUGUUGCCACCGGAAUGCAAGGAGACGUCAGCAAAGACGAAUUGGACCGUAUCCGCUUCUUGUACAACACUUGGUCCUAUAUGGAUGUUAUUGCACGAUUGACCUCUCUAGAUGAUUGCGGACCUCGAAACUGGGAUUCUUCAAUGUUCGAGCUCCCACGUAACGCGGUUCACGAUAUCGACCCAUUGAUGGGGUGCGCGACUACUCUGUAUCCUCUUAUGAGUCGAGUGGCCAAACUAAUCCAGCAUGUGCGGAAAAGCUCGUCAAAUACAGUGUCGAUUGUCGCUCAAGCGAUGGAGCUCAAAGGUCUGAUUGAGGAUUGGGUACCCCCACGUUGGUUUGAGCCUCCCGAAGAUCCUCACUCUGAAGUGCAACAUAGCAUUCAAGUCGCUCAUGCCUACCGUUGGGCUAUAUUGCUAUACCUUCACCAAGCUGUUCCGGAAAUACCAUCUGAGCCCGCCGAUGAGUUAGCAAAGAGGGUGCUGAUUCUCCUCGCCACUGUUCCCUACACCUCACGGACAACUAUUAUCCAAGUGUUCCCCCUCUUGGCAGCCGGAUCAGAGGUCGAUGCCGACGAUGAUCGGAAAUGGGUGCUGGAUCGAUGGACCACAAUCCAAGCCCGGUUAAUGCUGGGUGGAGUGGACCGCUGCCUUGAAGUCUUGAAAGAGGUCUGGAAUCGUCGCGAUAAAAUGAAUGCAAGAAGGGAUCAAGAAAUGGCUCAUUCCCGACGUACCGAGUCUAUCUCUUCCGCUGACAACGAGAAUUUGGACUCCACAUUCUGUAACUCGGCCUUCGGCAGCUACAAUAUGAAUAGCGCUCGCAGGACUUCGAUAGCUGGGCAGCCAAGGCAGCCUGCCUCAAGGUCGGCGCGCCGAGGCUCUGCACUUUCAUCGUUGGAGAACAUCGAGUUCGAGAGAACUGUCCGUGGCAAAUUGCAUUGGGUGAAUGUGAUGGCCGAAUGGGGAUGGGAAGUUUUCAUCGGCUAG